GAGCAGAGAGAGAAGAAGACAGGUAGACUUUAUCUGGCUGAUGUUCCCCUGCAACUUUUUUUUUUUUUUCCCUCUUUUUUUUGCCACCACACCUACCAAAGAGGGCCUAAAAACGAAAAGAAAAUCAAAUUAGGAUCAUCAAGAAGUACUUCAAAAGUUAAAGAGUGCUCAUUUUUUAGUUGUGGAUUAGAGAUAAUAGAGAUAGAGUUGAGGAGUGAGAAGGAGAAAUUAAGAUGGGUGAAGUUUUGCCUGCUAGAUACUGGUGCCAUGUGUGUGCCGACUUCGUCAAUCCGAUAAUGGAAGCCGAGAUCAAGUGCCCCUUCUGCGACGGCGGCUUCGUCGAAGAAUUGGAUCGCGAGGAUGUCGAAACCGCCUCCGAGCUACGAUCCGAUCGAGCCCUCUCUCUAUGGGCCCCCAUCUUGAUGGGGAUGGUCUCUUCGAGAAAUUCGAGAUCCCGGCGAGAGGAGGAGGAGGAAGAGGAGGGCGACUCCGACCACGAGUUCGACGACUUCACCGCGAACCGAGCAAGGACCUCUGCGAUGCUCCAGCUGAUACAAAGCAUUCGCGGGGUCCGCGAGGGCGAGAGGAGGGGGAGAGACAGGGAGAGAGCGAGAGAGAGGAGAAGUGGUCGGAGCGCGAUCGCCUUCGAUUCUCUCAACGAGGCAAUAUUUCUCCAAGGAUCGUUCGGAUCUGAUGAUAAUUCGGGUGAUUCUUCUUUUCCGUUCGGGAACUACUUUAUCGAAUCGGGUUUCGACCUCUUGUUGCAACAUUUGGCGGAAAACGACCCUAAUUGUCACGGUACACCUCCCGCUAAGAAGGAGGCGGUGGAAGCAUUGCCUAUGGUGAAAGUUGCCGAAGUUAUGAGUUGUUCGGUUUGUUUAGAUGAUUUUGAGAAGGGGUCGGUGGCGAAGGAGAUGCCGUGUAAGCAUAAGUUCCACAAAGAUUGCAUCUUGCCAUGGCUCGAGCUGCAUAGUUCGUGCCCCGUUUGUAGGUUUCAGCUCCCCGCCGAUGAGUUAAAGGAUUCAAAUGGGUCUAACAAUGGAAGGAGAGUAGAGAGUAAUAGUAGCGAAGAUGGAAGUGGAGGGAAUAGUAAUAGAGGAUAUCUUCCUGUUCUAUGGCCUUUCAAUGGGGUAUUCGCGCAAUCGGGGUCUCGUAAUGGAGGAAACUCCUCCUCUAAUCCAUCAUCGUCAUCUUCUACUUACGGGAGUAGUUCGACUGCUGAGGAAAACUAGCACUGUUGAGAAUCUGCGAGUUCCUAUCUCUGCAAUCUUUUCUUGAAGUCGUUUAGCCUUUGUCGAUAUCAAACGGUGGCACGGAGUUAUAGUCGUAUAUAUACUCCGAUAUACAUAUCACGAAGCCACGCUUUUGUCGAUGAGAUCCAGUGAAGUUUGUGAAGCUGUAUUUUUCUUCUUUUCUGCUUUGAUACUGCUGUUCUUCUUCUGUACAUAAUCCUUUCCUAAAUCUUAACUUUAUUGGGAUGAGUUUCUUUCCUUGCCUUA